AUGGACGGCAGCGGACCUCUGUCGCGCAUUUCAGGAGCCCACCAUGUGGUCAAGGUCCACUUUCCGGACCACUCGCGAGAGCUGACGCUGAGAGCCGACGAGGCAACGACCGUGGCGGCGGUACUGGAGAUGGCUGGCGACAAGAUGGGCAUGCCUACGGAUGUGGUCUCUAACUACUUCUCCAUCUGGCUGGUGGCGCCUUCAACGGCAGAAGACUCGCCGCGACUCGAGCUGUUUCUCCCGCAGGCGCUCCGCAUCUCACCGCUGGCCACGGCUUGGAAGGGCCUCGUCCAUCACUACCGCGGGCUGGGCAUGGCCGAUGCAGGCGCUUUUCUUGAGCUCCGCAAGUCGCCGCGGCUGACGCUUGACGAAGAGCUGGCCAUCGAGCAUCCGAUUGCUCUCAACAUGCUCUAUUGCGAGGCGCUGGACAACAUCCGCAACUCGACCUUUGCCGUCUCUUCCAAGGAUGCCAUCGCCCUAGCCGGCAUGGUCUUCCACAUCGAGCUUGGCGCGUUCUCGGGCGAGACCCACAUCAAGGGCUACUACACUCGCAGGCUCAUUGAGGUCCUGCCAACUCAGAUCUGCGAGUCGUCCAAGUUCAACGUCGACAAGUUUGAGAGCAAGGUUCUCGCCGCCCACGCCUCACACGGCCGGUCCUCGCGCCUCCUCACCAAGCUCCAGUUCCUGGAGCGGGUUCGCGAGCUGGCGAGCCCGAUCUACGGCGCGCAGCUCUUUGUCUGUGACGUUGCUGUUAAUGACGGGUUCACCAAGGGCCUCAAGACUGGCGACACAAGCAUUGUGGCGGUCUCGGCCGACUCCCUCGCCUUUCUUGCUGGUCCGCUUCAUGCCCACAAGGUGGUGGCGAGCUUUCCCCUUGGACUCAGCAGCGAGAGUGACGAGAGCGUGAGCGUGGCCGUGACCAGUGAGGACACCGGCCUUGUCCUUACCUUCACCUCGGUCAAGGUCGGAAAAAAGGGCCAGACAACAAGCAGCCUCGCGGUAUCCAGCAAGGAGGCGUAUCUGCUUGCACGCCGGCUGCCGCGCGAGCUGGUGACAAGCGUGCCAAACUCGAUGUACGCGGUGACGGCGACGCCGACUGGCGAGGUCGAGUCGCUCGAGGAGCUCAUCUGCGAUCUCGAGUUCAUCCCUGCUGCUGCUGAUGCCGAGCCGAGUGAGGUGUGUGUCUCGGUUGCGACGAGCACGUCGCCGUCGCUGUCGCCGCCGGUUGAUUCGCCAGCGCCGCCGGCACCACCGGCGCCGCCCACACCGCAGACGCUGACUGCGACCGGCUCGGGCUCGGGCUCGGGCUCGGGGACAGGAGAGCGGGCCAAGUCUGCCGGAAAGGGCAAGUCGGAGAUCAGCUCUGACUCUGUUUCCGACUCGGGCUCGGGCUCGGGCUCGGGCUCGGGCUCGGGCUCGGGCUCGGGCUCGGACUCAAGCUCGAGUGGCUCCAGCUCGGACUCGGGCGUUGCCGACGGGUCCGGCGGCGCAGCAGGCUCGGCGAGUCUAGCCAGCGUGGCGAUGCUCAAGGUCCGGUCAUCGCGGAAGAAGCGGCGAGUUGAGAGCGCCAACGCCGACUUGCGCGACAUGCUGAAGGAAAAGGCGACGGCGAUGCGCGAGCGACGGGUGCGAGAGUCUGCAGCAGUGACCAUCCAGCAGGCGUGGCGCGGGUACCUCUCGCGUCAGCGGCUCGGAGUUCUGGGAGGCAUUGUGCGGCGGGUGCUGGACUCGCUAGCGCGGGCGCGUGAUCGUGUUCCGGCGUUUAUCUGCUACAAUCCGCGCGAAGACCUGCUCUCCAGCGCGUAUGUGCGGGCCAAGAUCCUCGCGAUGGACAAGAUCCUCUUGCUCAACCGCAUCACGUCGCCGUCGGUCCGUGACCCGGAGCUGACGCGUGCCAUCCUCUACACCUACCCCAACUACAUGUCCGAUGCGGGCUUUCUCAACUACCUCAAGCUGCGGUUCGGAUCGAACCCUGGGCCUGCCCGCGACGAGCUGCUUGAUCUGCUCGAGGCCACGGCGCCCGAACUGGCGGUGAGCCCGCAGACGCGAGCCGCGCUGCACGACGACGCCACGACACGGCUGUACCCGUUCCACAGCGCGACACGCGACGCACUGCAGAAUCGAGUUCUUGAGGUCAUGGAGUUGUGGUUCAAGCAGCACCCGCGGCUGCUGGCCAAGGAGAGCCGGCUCCGCAGCGAGGUGUACGAGGUGCUCACGGCAAUGUCAGGCAGUGAGUUUGUGAUUCUCGAGGACGUGGUCGACCCGCUGGCGGUAGUGGCUGAGGAGGCUGGCGAGGCGGGUACGGCGAGCGAUGGCGACGUGACGCGCGGGUCGUGUGUGCGGACGCACACGACGCCUGUGUCGAUCGAGGUCGGCGCGCGUGCGCGGCGGCUGACGACAGCGCUGCAGCUCAAGUACGGCGGGAUCGGGGUGAACGAGGACGAGGGUGGCGAGGAAGGCGCGGCCCGGCGCGGACGAAGCGGCUCGCUGGCGACACUGGCGAGCGGCGAGAACGAGGUGGAGAUGCCGACGUCGAUUUUGCCGCUGGACUCGACCAUUUCCAACGUUAUGCAGCUGAGUCCCGUGGAGAUCGCGCGGCAGAUUACGCUCAUGGACUAUGACGCGCUGCAGCAGAUCGAGCCGCGCGAGUUCCUCAAGCAACGGUGGGCCAAGAAGAACGCGUCGCUUGUGGCGCCGAACCUCAUCACCAUGAUUGAGAGAUUCAACUCUGUGGUGGGAUGGGCGGCGAGCGAAGUGUUGUCUGUGGCGACGUUUGAGGGCCGUGCAGCGGUGAUCUGCCGACUGCUCGACGUGGCGUCAGCGGCACGCGCGCUCAACAACUUCUCGGCGCUGAUGGCGAUUGUGUCUGCGCUCGAGUCUGCCGGCAUUUCGCGGCUGGGCUUUACGUGGGACGUGGUGCCUGCGGCGUAUGUGGAGAAGCUUGCGGAUCUCAAGCUAACGAUGUCGAUGGCGUCCAACUACUCCAAGUACCGCGCGGCGCUCAAGGCGGCCGAGGCGCCGUGCGUGCCGUACCUGGGUGUACUCCUGCAGGACCUGACGUUUAUCGACGACGGCAACGAGGACUUUGUGGACGGCAAGCUGCUCAACGUGGACAAGCAGGCCAUGACGGCCAAGGUCAUUGACAUGAUCGUGUCGUUCCAGGGCGGGCGGUAUGCGCUGCAGCCUGUGCUCAUCAUCGAGCAGUACCUGGCGAAUGCAAAGCAGCUGAGCGAGAAGGAGCAGUACGCAGCGUCGCUCGAGCUCGAGCCGCGCGAGCUGAAGAACUCGCGCAAGAUGGGCCACAAGAAGAUUGCGUACGUGGAUGAGACGGUGACGCAAGAGCGGCUGGCAGACAUGACGGCCGCGGUGGAGGUCCCGCAGCGGUUUAUUUCCGACAUGCUGCAGCAUCUCCGGGAGCGGACGUUCUCGGCGCGCGAGCUCAUCAUCAAGAAGGGCGACGAGGGCCACUCGAUGUUCUUCAUUGUGCGCGGGGUGGCCGAGGUCGAGCUCCCGAACGGAGUCAAGAUUCCGCUCAACCAGGGCCAGUUCUUCGGCGAGAUGGCGCUGUUUGCCAACCUCAAGCGCGGGCCAACGUGCCUGACGCGCGAAAUGUGUGCCGAGAUGCUCGCGACUGAGCCACAGCUCGACGCGCAGUUCCGGGCAGUGGUCGAGGCGCGGCAGGAGAUGAACGAGGCCAUCUCGUCGGAUACCAAGAAGGGCAAGAAGAAGGGCAAGAAGGGCCGGCGCGAGCCUGCCACGCCCAAAUGGAUGCAGCAGCUGGCGGCAUCCGCGAGCGGCCGGCCUUAG